AUGUUAAUGGACAAGUGCAGCUCACAAGGAAAAAGGCUGCAGCACUUUUCACUUCUUGCAGCAGAGAAUGAGAGAGUUCAAGUAGUUGUCAGCAGCUGUGCGCAGCAGGCAGACAGGACUCCAGGCCUGGGGACCGCUGGAGGCACGCUGGCUGGAAGCGCGGAGCCUGGAUACCGCGCCCAGGUCCUGAGCACCGGCGGCCCGCGCAGCCGGAGGGCGCCUCGGGGUCCCCACGGCCCUGCUGGGUCCAGGCGGCCUGUCUCCCCGACGCGCGGGAAGGAUGUGGCCGGGUCGGGUCGUUCCAGCGGCGCUGGCCGGGCUCCCGCGGCGGGAGGAUGCCCGGCCCCGGGCGCGCUGCGCGCUGCGCCGUCGGCGGGAUCCGGCCGGAGCCCGGGGCUGUGCGCUCCGGAAGGAGCCGCGGGGCGGAGGGAGGUGGGCGGGCGUGUCGCCUCUCCCGCGGGCGCCCCGAAGGGCUCGCGGCGGCCGCGGCUCUGCGUCCCAGCUCCCUGCGCCUCGGGUGGGCAGGCACAGCUGCCCCGCUCACCCCGCGCACAGCAGCCCCUGGGCGCCCGGAGACGCCCCCCUAUCCCUGUCCCCUGCCCCCCGCGCAGCCAGCCGCCCAGCGGGAGCGGCGGGAGGUGGAGGAGGCGGUGCCGCGCGGACUGUCUCCUCCCCAAGCCUCGCGUCUCCUCCUCGCGCUCCCGAGAAGGACAAGGGGACUGGGCACGGGGACCCCGGCCAGUGAGCGCCCGCGUUCCCGGACCGCCCCUCCCGCGCGCUCUCCGCCGCGAGCCCGGGCCGGUGUCGCCGCGCGUGCUGUUGGCAGCAGCCAUGAGCCAGGACGCGGAUCCCAGCGGUCCCGAGCAGCCCGACAGAGAUGCCUGCGUCGUGCCCGGUGUCCAGGGCCCCCCCGCGCCCCCGUGCCAGCGAGGGAUGCAGCCCCUGCCGCCGCCGCCGCCGCCGCCGCCGCCGCCGCCAGCCGGCCUGCCCCAGAUCAUCCAAAAUGCUGCCAAGCUUCUGGACAAGAGCGCCUUCUCAGUCAGUAACCAGAACCCUCUGCUCCCGUCACCAGCCAGCCUCCAGCUGGCCCAGCUGCAGGCUCAGCUCACCCUCCAUCGGCUGAAGCUGGCGCAGACGGCGGUCACCAGCAACACUGCAGCCGCCACGGUUCUGAACCAGGUCCUCUCCAAAGUGGCCAUGUCCCAGCCGCUCUUCAACCAGCUGAGGCAUCCAUCUGUGCUCAGCACCCCACAUGGCCCUGCUGGGGUUUCCCAACAUACUGCCACCAUACCCAGUGCUCGAUUUCCCUCAAAUUCAAUUGCCUUUUCACCUCCCAGCCAGACACGAGGCCCGGGACCCUCUGUGAGCCUGCCCAGCCAGCCCCCCAGUGCUGUGGUAGUACACCCCUUCAGUGGGGUGAUGUCUCAGGCCCCUGCCCAGCCAGCAGUCAUCCUGGGCAUUGGGAAGGCUGGGCCUACACCAGCUACUGCGGGGUUCUAUGAGUACGGCAAAGCCAACCCUGGCCAGGCCUAUGGCUCUGAAACGGAGAGCCAACCAGGCUUCUUGCCAGCCGCAGCCUCAGCCGCAGCAUCAGGCAGCGUGACCUAUGAAGGGCACUAUAGCCACACAGGACAGGAUGGCCAAGCUGCCUUUUCUAAAGACUUCUAUGGACCCAAUGCCCAGGGGUCACAUGUAGUAGCUGGGUUUCCAGCUGACCAGGCUGGGGGCAUGAAAGGGGAGGUUGGUGGGCUGCUGCAAAGUACCAACAACCAAUGGGAGAGCCCCCCUGCAUUCUCUGGCCAAAGCAAGCCCGAUAUUACAGCAGCACCCAAUUUGUGGGCUCCACCCGCCGGCCAGCCCUAUGAGCUAUAUGACCCUGAGGAGCCUACCUCAGACAGGACCCCUCCUGCCUUUGGAGUUCGGCUUAACAACAGCACGCAGGGGUUCAACUGCUCUCGGCGGCGGGCCAAGGAGGACCAGGCCGGGCUGCCCAUGAGGCCCCUGCAGGCUCAUGAGCUGAAUGACUUCCACGGUGUGGCCCCACUCCACCUGCCACACGUCUGCAGCAUCUGUGACAAGAAAGUGUUUGACUUGAAGGACUGGGAGCUGCAUGUGAAAGGGAAGCUACAUGCCCAGAAAUGCCUGCUCUUCUCUGAAAGUGCUGGCCUCCGCUGUAUCCUGGCUUCUGCAGAGGGGACACUGUGCACCUCCCCAAACAGUGCAGCUGCUUACAACGCCCCUGGGAACGAGGAUUACGCCUCAAAUCUUGGAACACCGUAUGGAGCCAUUCCAACAAGGGCCUUCACUCAAUCAAACCCCACGUUUCCCUUAGCCUCCUCUGCGGCAAAUUUUGCACAGAGGAAAGGCUCUGGGCGAGUGGUGCACAUCUGCAAUCUCCCGGAGGGCAGCUGCACGGAGAAUGACGUCAUUAACCUGGGGCUGCCCUUUGGCAAGGUCACUAAUUACAUCCUCAUGAAGUCAACCAAUCAGGCUUUCUUAGAGAUGGCUUACACAGAAGCUGCCCAGGCUAUGGUCCAGUACUACCAAGAAAAGUCUGCUAUGAUCAAUGGUGAGAAGUUACUCAUUCGGAUGUCCAAGAGAUACAAGGAAUUGCAGCUGAAGAAACCUGGGAAAAAUGUGGCUGCUAUCAUCCAGGACAUCCAUUCCCAGAGGGAGAGGGACAUGUUCCGGGAAACUGACAGAUACGGUCCAGAGCGGCCAAGGUCUCGAAGUCCAGUGAGCAGAUCACUGUCUCCAAGAUCCCACACUCCAAGCUUCACUUCCUGCAGCUCCUCCCACAGUCCCCCAGGCCCUUCUCGGGCUGACUGGGGCAAUGGCCGGGACUCCUGGGAGCACUCUCCCUAUGCGAGGAGGGAAGAUGAUCGAGAGCCUGUCCCCUGGAGGGAGAAUGGGGAAGACAAGAGGGACAGGACAGAUGUUUGGGCACACGAUCGUAAACACUACCCCAGGCAGCUGGACAAAGCUGAACUGGAUGAGCGACUUGAAGGAGGGAGGGGCCACCGAGAAAAGUACCUGCGGUCAGGGUCCCCCAGCCCGCUCCAUCCUGUGUCCAGCUACAAAGGCCGAGAAGAUGGCUACUAUCGAAAAGAGCCCAAAGCCAAGUUGGAUAAAUACCUAAAGCAGCAGCAGGAUGUGCCAGGAAGGUCCAGGAGGAAAGAAGAGGCUAGACUACGGGAGGGUAGACACCCUCACCCAGAGGACACUGGCAAGGAAGAGGAGCUGGACCCCAAGAUCACUAGGGCCCCUGAGGGUGCCAAGUCCAAGCAGAGUGAGAAAAGCAAAACCCGGAGACCUGACAGAGACCAAGAAGGAGCUGAUGAUAAAAAAGAAAGCAGAACUGCAAAGAAUGAGGCCGGAACGGAAGAACAGGGAGGCAUGGAAGAAAACCCCCCAUCGGUGGGCAGACAGCAGGAAGGGACGGAGUCCUCGGAUCCGGAAAACACAAGGGCAAAGAAGGAACAAGAUUGGGAGAGUGGAAGUGAGGCUGAGGGGGACAGCUGGUACCCCACAAACAUGGAGGAGCUGGUCACAGUGGAUGAAGUGGGGGAAGAAGAUUUCAUCAUGGAACCAGAUAUACCGGAGCUGGAAGAAAUUAUGCCCAUUGCCCAGAAAGACAAAAUCUUCCCUGAAAUCUGUGCCUGUGGGACAGCCACCUUAGGUAUGGACUUGGCCAAAGAUUUCUCCAAGCAGGGAGAGACCAUAGGGAAUGGGGAUGCUGAAAUCAGCUUCGUGCUGCCCAGACAAUUGCCGUCCACUUCCGCAAGCUGUCCCAAUGACUCGGACAUGGAGAUGCCUGGCCUAAAUCUGGAUGCUGAGCGGAAGCCAGCUGAAUGUGAGACAGGCCUCUCACUGGAGGUCUCAAAUUGCUACGAGAAGGAGGCUAGAGGAGCAGAGGGCUCGGAUGAGCGUCUGGCCCCUGCGGCCCAGCAAAUGUCUUCCCCCCAGCCAGCAGAGGAGAGGGCCCGGCAGUCCAGUCCUUUUACAGAUGACUGCAAGGCCAGGGGAUCCCCUGAAGAUGGGGACCAUGAAGUCGGCCCCCUGGAAGAAAAAGCCAGCCCCGCUACUGAAAGCGAUCUCCAAGGCCAGGCUUGCCAAGAGAACUCCAAGUACAUGGAAACAAAAUCUCUGGAUGUGAGAUCACCAGAAUUUGCCGAAGCAGAGCUGAAAGAGCCUCUUUCUUUGCCUUCCUGGGAACCGGAGGAUGUGUUCAGUGAGCUUAGCAUUCCUCUAGGAGUGGAGUUCGUGGUUCCCAGGACCGGCUUUUAUUGCAAGUUGUGUGGCCUGUUCUACACAAGUGAGGAGGCAGCCAAAGUGAGCCACUGUCGCAGCACUGUCCACUACCGGAACUUACAGAAGUACUUGUCCCAGCUGGCAGAGGAGGGCCUGAAGGAGACUGAGGUGGCAUGCAGCCCAAGCCCGGAGGACAGCGGGAUUGUGCCACAAUUUGAAAGGAAAAAGCUCUGACGCUGCUGCUGCUGCUGCUGCCGCCGCCGCCGCCGCCGCCGCCGCCGCCGCCGCUGCUGCCGCUGCUGCCGACGCCGCUGUCACUAUGGUCUCUGGAAGGUGGAUGGGAAGCCUGCCGCACUAGGGCCAGCCUGGCUUCAGGGACAGAACUGAGACCAGAGAGGAAGGAGAGCCAGGCAGGACCAGGAUGUGGUGCGUGGGCUUGUUCCCAAGACAAGCCCCACAACCCUCAAGUAUCUCUGGGAGCAGGCUCACCCGCUGGGCCCCGCCCACCAAGGGUGACCAGCUUCCUGUGGGCUCCUCUUUCUUUUAGUGUUUUUCUCUCUUCCUCUCACCUCUCUUUUCUGUGCCAAAGUUCACUUCCUUUUCAUAAAAUCCAACUUCUCAGGGAUUGUCACUGUGUUUAAAUUUUUGACUGGAUAUGGUAGGUCUGUCAAGUGAGGCUGGGUCAUGUAAGGGAAAAAGUAUAACAGAAAGGAUGGACUUAGAGUCACUUCUGUGAACCUGCUGUGGUCUUGCAAGCUGGCUUUUGUAUGUCCCACAGGUAGGAAGGCUGAGUCAGGUUCUGCAACCGAAGAAUUAGUUGGCAGAGGUGGACGUGGUUUCAUUAAGAUUUCCUCCAGUUGGACCCCAUCAUUUUGAAAGGCUCCUUUUCCUUUUUAAGUUUCUGGCUAGUGCUGGGAAUCGAACCCAGAACCUUAUAUAUUCUAGACAGGAGUGCUACCACUGAGCUAUAUGCCUAGCUAAAAAGUCUUGGUUUUUUGUCUAGAGUCAGGGUUCAUGUAGUCCAGGGAUUGCCUUUAGUUUUCUCUGGAACUAAGCUUCUCUUGAACUCCUGACUCUUCUGCUCCUGCCUCCUGAGAGCUGUGAUUACAGGUACGGUGGUGCUGGGGAUCAAACCCAGGGCUUCCAGCACAAAAGAUCAGCACUCUGCCCAGCCCCAGCACUCCUAUUUUUUAAGAAGUCAUUCAUUUUCAACUAUUCUAGUAAACAACCAGGCCAGUGCCUUAAAGUAAAAUUAUAUUAAUUUUAUGGAGCAAAGAAAAACACUGUUGUAGGAGCUCUGACAGAUUCAAUUCAAACUUCUUGAUUUAAGAUGGGUCUGGAUUUGGUCCACUCAGAACAGUGACUUUGGUAUGGGUUCACUUUAACUGAACUUGAGGCCAGCCAUGUCCGAGGAAACCAGUGUGGGUCCAGGGUACAUGCUGACCUCUCAGCUCACAGUUUCAGCCUAACUCAGGAGCCAGAGACUGGCAUCUGGCCUUGAGCUAUCCGUGGUCCCUCAGCUUUGGGGUACCUUGUACUGCAGUGAUUGGAGAAUGAUCCCCCACUGAUGGAGGAACUAAAACAUUUGAUUUGCUGGGUACUUGUAGGUAGGGAAUGGAGGACCUUGCUUACGCCGGCUUGGAUGUUAAAAUCCUAGAAGGAACAGGUCCCUGCUUCCCAUGUGGGACAGGGCUUAGUGGAAGGUCUCGGGACACGGGCACUAGAGGACUAUGGUUCCACUAGAGCCAUAGAAUGGACCCCAAGGACAGAGAGAGGCUGGUGCCAUCUUCAUGAGUGGACACGCCUCCCUGAAGGUGCCAUUGAUGUGGGUAGUUUGCUGUGCGAGUUGCCUGGUUAUGUUCCCAAGUAAAGGCAAGGGGUCGCGUCUGUUUCCCUUCUACUGCGGUUCUCCCCUUGCACAAAUGGAAGGGGGAUGGAUAAAUGACUUAGUUCAACACUAACAUGUUAUCAGUGAGGAUAAUGAGGCACAGGAGAAAAAAAAAGAAUGCAACACCUGAAAUGACCGUGUUUAAACCUUGAGGCCCGUGGUUCCUGGCCAGGAGAGACCUUUUGGAACCUAUCAAAGAGAGGAGGGAGGAAGGCCAGUCUGAACAGGAGUGAUGGGAAGUUGGUAGCUUUAGAACGUGGUAUCCAAAGACUAACUAGAGUGUCUGUGUGCCCAGGUGCUGGAUUCUACAGGCAGUAAGCCAGCACUGUGAUUGUGAGCAAAGGCUUCCAUUUCUCAGAAAAGCUUUGACCUCUGGGAACAGCUUCUGGCCACAUCCCUAAGUCCAUCAGCACCUCCAUCAGAGGCUGGACACUUUUUCUUCUAGAGAGUAAGCCAGACCUCAUGGACACCACUGGCUCCUAUGCUAGUAGUGUUUCUAUGGAAAGCCACAUGGCCCAGUUCUCAAGCAGUGGGAUGGUUCCCACGGUUGUAAAUUGACUUUUGUAGGAGCAAACUGGAGAAAAUCCCCAAAGAGUGAAAGAAAAGACAGUCUCUAAGUUUAAAGUCAUGGAUAAUUCUAUACUUGUGUGUGUAUAUAUACAUAUAUAUUUAUUUUUAUAUAAUUCCAUUGGCAUGGUCCUUGCACUUUUUAUGUGUGUUACACGCAAUGCAGUAUUAAAGACAACCAGGAAAAUAUUUAUUUCUUUUAAAAAAAAGUUUAUUCUGUAUUUUGUCAGUCCUUUCAAAAUGUCUCCCCAAGGUCGCUCAUGAACAGUUUGCUACCUUGCACAAAAGAUUCUUUUGUACCCUGGGCUAGUGUAGCAGAAGACCUGUGUUCUUCCUCCGGAUGGCACUCGCAGAGGCUCUGGUGACCUUUUUGUUGAUAUGAGCAGCAGCCGUUAGCGUUCGGGUUUCCCAUUCUUGGACAGUCCAAGGUGGUGAUCUGUAAGAUUAUACUUGAACUGGACCAGAGAUUGUUUUUGUGUGUUUUUGAGAUGAGCAGAACUAGUAGUUAAUUUAAGUUUGAAACUGUAAAGUAUUAGACUAUUUUGAGUGUCUUAUAUAAAUUGUCAUCACUUUUUCUGAUCUAUAUAACUGACCCAACGUGUUUGUUUUUACAAAAGGAGGAAAUGAUUUUUAAUAAAGAGAAUUUUAAAGCUUGUGAGUGGCUGUGUCAUGCAAGGGUCCUUCAGUACUGGGUUAGGGGCUCAUAGUGCUGCUACGUUAGCUUCAGUCUCCUUUGGAAAUUCAAGUGUGUGUAUACCAGUGUGCGUGCCUGUGAGUGUGGUGCACAUAUAUGCAAGUGCUUGUGGAGGAGCGAGGUCAAAGUUAGGCAUCUUUAUUGAC